UGAAAGAUCUGUCAUGACUAUUCUUGCAUUGAUUACAUCAACAUGUUUUAGUACGGAAGAUCAUGUUGGCCGUUAUAUAUUUUGCGAAUUGUUUUGAAACAAUUCGCACAAACACCUUAAGAGACUCAAGCUGAGAACGCUCCAUUACCAAUCCUCAUGGACCUUCCCCAUAGAGAUCGGGUUUCAUCCAGGUCAGUCUUAUGGUUAACUACCAUCAUUCUUUUGUUAGGGAGUGUCCUAGCUUUAGUGGAAGCUGGCAGGGACGAGAUUGAUCGGCUUGCUUUGCUAGAAUUCAAGGCCCGAGUAGCCAAUUCCAAUGGGGUUUUGAGCUCGUGGAAUGAUUCUAGCCACUUCUGCAAGUGGUACGGUGUCACAUGCAGUCAUAGACACCAAAGAGUCACGAUAUUGGAUCUCCGCUCCAAGAACCUGUCCGGGGUCGUGCCGCCCUGUAUUGGUAACCUCAGCUUUUUGAGGGAAGUCAAUCUGCACAGCAACAAUUUCCACUCCGAAAUUCCCUCGCAAUUUGGCCGCUUGUUUCGAUUGCAGAAGUUAAUCCUUUAUAACAACUCCUUCAGUGGACAAAUCCCAUUGAAUCUCUCCCGUUGCUCUAAUUUGCUCGUCCUUGACUUUGGUGAGAACAAACUCAGAGGAAAUUUGCCUUCGGAACUCGGCUCCUUGUCCAAUCUCCAACAACUCAUAGUUGAAAAAAACAACUUGACAGGAAACAUUCCGCCGUCGUUUGGAAACUUGUCCUCUCUUCAACUCUUCGCAACAUCGUUUAAUAACCUCAGCGGUAUGAUCCCGAAGACCCUCGGCCGGCUGAGAACACUAAACACUCUCUUUCUUGGGCAUAAUAAAUUUGUUGGUACGAUUCCUCUCUCAAUCUUCAAUAUAUCCACUUUGACAGCCCUUGAUGCGGCCGAAAACCAAAUCGAGGGGGGCUUACCCAGCAACCUAGGCUUCACUCUUCCGAAUCUCAAGAAAAUCGGUUUGUAUGACAACCACCUCACUGGACCCAUUCCUGAGUCAAUAUCCAACGCCUCUAAUCUCAGUUUUUUCGAAAUCUCGAGUAACAACUUUACCGGGAAAGUCCCUUCUUUCUCAAAGAUGAGAGGACUCUAUUGGUUUAACAUCGUCGAAAACAACUUAGGAAGUGCGCAAUCUGCUGAUCUUGACUUCCUCUGCUCUUUAACCAACUCCACAAACUUGACAAAAUUGGUUAUAGCCGGCAAUGCUUUUCGAGGACCAAUACCCGACUGUAUCGGUAACCUCUCUAUCACCCUUUCAGUAUUUUCGUUAGCAAUCAAUUAUAUUUCUGGAACCUUACAUUCUGGAAUUGGAAAUCUCAUCAAUUUGGAGAUCCUACAUAUGUCAGACAACAACAUCUCGGGAAACAUUCCUUCCGAGAUUGGAAAUCUGAACAAAAUGAAGUUUCUGGAUCUUGGACAAAAUAGGUUCUCGGGGCAGAUACCAGAAUCUAUCGGGAAUUUAAGUAUGUUGACCAAAUUUUACUUGGCUGACAAUAAUCUCUGGGGCUCGAUACCAUCGUCACUAGGAAACUGCCAGAAUUUACUUCUCUUGGACCUUUCAAACAACGACCUUAGCGGUAAUAUACCCUCGAAAAUUGUGGGAAUCUCAUCUUUGUCGAUUUAUCUCGAUUUGUCUCAAAAUAGUCUUCAUGGCUCUCUUCCAAGAGAAGUUGGAAACUUGAAAAAUCUAGGCAUAUUACUUCUUCAUGGGAACAGAUUAUCUGGACAAAUUCCAAGCAGUAUCGGCAACUGUAUAUCCAUGGAACGCCUAUAUGUACAUGAUAACUUUUUUGAAGGACCCCUACCAUUGACUAUGAGUUCCAUGAGAGGUCUACUCGUUUUGAAUGUUUCCAACAACCAAUUGUCCGGACAAAUCCCAAAAUUUCUAGAGUCGCUGAAUCUGACGAAUUUGAGCCUAUCUUACAAUGAUUUCGAGGGUGAAUUGCCUACAAGAGGAGUUUUCAGAAGUGCCAUUUCAACUUCAGUUGUUGGAAACAAUAAGCUUUGCGGGGGUCUGCCAGAUUUUCAACUACCGAAAUGUGUCUAUGAAGAGUCAAAGCGGACAAGAAUAAGAGGAACUGCAAAAAUUCUAAUAUCCACAGUCUCUGCUCUUGUAGGAGUAGCCUGCAUAUUGUCUCUGUUGUACUUAUUCUGGUGUAGACACAAUAAGAACACAACAGCUCCAAGCUCUUCUGAAGAUGGACUUGUGCAUGUUUCUUACCACAGUAUAUUUAAAGCGACGGGUGGAUUCUCCUCCACCAAUCUGCUCGGUGUGGGCAGUUUUGGGUCUGUGUACAAAGGGCUUCUUCAUCAAACUCAGUCGAUCGUAGCCAUCAAGAUUCUUGACCUUACGCGUCAUGGAGCUUCCAAAAGCUUCAUAGCCGAGUGCGGGGCCUUAAGAAGAAUUCGACACCGUAAUCUCGUGAAGGUACUCACGGCAUGUUCUGGGUUUGAUUUUAAUGGAAAUGAUUUCAAGGCACUGGUCUAUGAAUUCAUGUCGAAUGGGAGUUUGGAUGAAUGGCUGCACCCAAUUGCAUUGCAAUAUACAACGAGAAGCAAGUUGAGUCUACUUGAGAGAGUGAAUAUUGCAAUUGAUGUUGCUUGUGCACUAGAAUAUCUCCAUCAUCACUGUGAAACGCCAAUAGUUCAUUGUGAUCUAAAGCCCAGCAAUGUCCUUCUUGACGAUGAAAUGACUGGACAUGUAGGUGAUUUCGGGCUUGCCAGGUUCCUUCCGGAAGUAACACAUAAGUUACUGGUCGAUCAAUCAAGCUCUAUCAGGGUAAAAGGAUCUUUUGGCUACGUAGCUCCAGAGUACGGCGCGGGAAGUGCGGUAUCCACAGAAGGCGAUGUGUACAGCUUCGGAGUCCUCGUUUUGGAGAUGUUCACAGGCAAGAGGCCAACCGAUGACAUGUUUACAAAUGGGCUGGACCUUCAUUGCUUUGCAACAGCAGCUCUGGCAGACCGCGUGGAAAAGCUAAUCGAUCCCGUUCUGCUUCAAGAAAAUGAAGAGUCCGAGAAGAGACGAACCGUCGCUCCGGAGGGCAAGAACAAAAGCUGGUUUAGUACUCAGGAGUGUUUGGUUUUGAUCAUCGAAAUCGGAGUCAUUUGCUCUUCUGAGUCUCCAAGGGAACGAAUGGACAUCGGCGAUGCAGUGAUUAAACUCCAAGGAAUCAGGAAGAAACUUCUUGAGUUCAUUGCCAUUGCCUAG